AAUGGCGUUCCAUAACUAACGGCGUUCCAUAGGUAAUACCGGUAAGCAAAGAGUAUGCGGUAAGUUUGUUUUUUUGUUGUCGUCGCGCUUACGUACUUAUCGCUCGUGUUGGUGCUACUACUACUGCUCAUGUCAGAAAGUUGUUGUGGGAUUUAAGACUAAACAUUCAUUAGAAAACCAGUGGGUGGUUUAUGGUAGCAGUUCAAGCAGUAGAAACAUCUGCAAGCUAAGAAUCAGUGAUAUUUCUAACAUAUAAGAAUAUUUUUGGCAGAUACUGAUAAUUACAACCAAUAUCAUCGUAUCAAUUUAGAUUUUCAGUGGAAACUUGGAAUUAUGUGAUUAAAAUCCACCAAUAAUGAUGCCUUGUUGUAAAAGGGGUGGAGCUAUGUUAAUGAUUUUGAAUCUAACAAAGAGCAUUCCUCAUGGACAUACAUACAGUACUGUAGAAGUGUCAGUGCAUUAUGACUGUUAACUGUUUAUUUUGAAUACCUAUUUUUUACACUGGCUUGUAAUGAAGCAAGAGGUUAAAUUUGUGUAUAAGAAUACCAAGAUGUCUCAACUAAUAUAUGGAUUUUUUAUAGUUCUUUUAACAAUUCAUUCGAAAUGUAUAUUGUCCGUUGAAAAUAAUAACAAUGUGAUUGUCGGACAUAAACAAUAUUGCAUUGUGGGAGCUGGCCCAGGCGGGCUACAGAUGGGUUAUUUUCUGGAACGUGCUGAACGAGAAUAUGUUAUAUUUGAGCAGAAGGACAUAAGCGGAGCAUUUUUUGUUGAUUAUCCUCGCCAUCGUAAACUAAUUAGCAUCAAUAAACGGCACACCGGUAAAACGAACAAAGAGUUUAACUUUCGACACGAUUGGAACUCACUGAUUAGCGAUGAUGAGACACUCCAAAUGAGAUACUAUUCCAAAGAUUUCUUCCCUCAAGCAGAUGCUUAUGUUAAGUAUUUAAAUGAUUAUACACGCAAGCUGCAACUUAAUGUUCAGUAUAACACAAGAAUAAGUAACAUCAGGAAGCAGACUGCAGAAGAUGGUGAGGAGAUAUUCUUGAUGGAUGGUCAAAAUGGAUCCACCUUCUCUUGCAAAAUUCUGAUCAUGGGAACUGGCAUUGGAACUCCCAACAACCCGGAAUUCUUUGGCAUGGAGCAUACCAAUAAAUACGAUGAUAUGUCAUUGGAUACAGAUGACUUUGAAGGAAAGUCUGUGAUGAUUUUGGGAAGGGGGAACUCAGCAUUUGAAACAGCUGAUCAUAUUCUUGGGUCAACGAACGUGAUUCACAUGCUGUCAAGGUCGAGGGUUAAGAUGGCCUGGGAGACACAUUACGUUGGGGAUUUGAGGGCUGUAAACAACGGCAUUCUGGAUACUUACCAGUUAAAGUCACUUGAUGGUAUCAUAGAGGCAGAUGUAAAUGAAGUUGCUGUCUUGAAGAAUGAGAAAAAUGGAAAAUUGAUUGUUGCGAUUAAGGACGAGCUUGAACUCGGCUUUAACCAUUCAAUAGUCAAUGAUUCAUUCUACAAAUCUGUCCGGAAUUCCAUACCGGACAAUUUCCCUCUGAGGGAUGGCUACGAUUAUGUUAUACGUUGUCUUGGAUUCGUUUAUGAUUUUGAUAUUUUUCAGCCAAAUGCCAGGCCAGAGGCAACAACCUCUGGCAAGUACCCUGCAAUCAAUGCAGCCUAUGAAGUAGAAAAUGUUUCUGACAUGUUCAUUGCAGGGACAUCAUCCCACAGCCUUGAUCAUAAGAAAUCUGCCGGUGGAUUUAUCCAUGGAUUCCGUUACACAGCUCAAGCAUUGCACCAUCUUCUAGAAUAUCGUUACCAUAGUAUUCCUUGGCCAUCUGUCCAUCAACCAAUCACUGAAUUGAUCAACCACAUCAUUAAACGUGCAAACGAAGGAUCUGGGAUCUACCAAAUGUUCAGCCAACUUGGAGAUAUCAUAAUUCUUCACAAUGAUGGCCUUGAAUAUGAGUACCUUGAAGAAUUUCCACUCCAGAUGUUGCACAGGCUUCCAGAAUCCACUGGCAGGAAUGGGUCCAAUGUGAUUGUCUUGUCAAUGGAGUACGGCAAGGAUUAUUCAGGUGUUGGAAAUGAUGUCUUCAGGCCCAACAGAGCUACAGGAGAGCCUAGUAGAGCACAUAAUUCCAAUUUUCUUCACCCAGUUCUAUAUUAUUAUCGUACAUUACCAACAGAAUUUGGUAUGAAGCAUGCAAAAGAAAAGAACUUAAUUCUUCCGGUUCCACAGCGGAUACAUCACAUUGUUGAGGAUUUCUUAACAGACUUCUCAGCACCUCUAAGUCAUAUUUUGCCUCUGCGGCGGUUCCUGGAAAACUGCGUCGGUCAAGAUCUUCGUUACUUUUUUGAUGAUUUCUGUUUUAAGAGCCUGCUAAUGUAUGGUAAUGCACCACUUACGUGUCACCAGUACUACCUCCGAGGACAAGGUCUACCGGGAACAGAGUCGUUAAUGUUCCACAAAAAACGCCUAUGUGGUCAGGAGUGGCAGUGUUGAAUAUCAAUCCAUCUGUACAUUUAAAAUCACUGUGACAAGACCAUAUUUUAAGGUCAUUGCUUAAUAGAGAAUAAUUAUAUAGAGAUAAUUUAUUUUGCAAUGGUUAACAAAAAUUUGUGAAUAGUUAGUGUACAAUUAAUAAUGUUGGGCCCUGGAGGAUAACAAUGCUUUUGAACUGAUCAGGUUAAUCAGAGUAAAGAAGAAAUAAAUAAAUAUAUAACAAAAUAAUUGAUUGGGCAAAGGUUAGUGCAUACUUUAGUGCAUAAUUAGCACCUAUUUCAUGCAUUAUUAUAUAAUUAAUACAUAAUUUAUUUAAUUUAUAAUUGAUUAGUAUUUAAUCAGUGUAUACUCAGCAUGUAAUUCAUGCAUCAUUUACUUGGCAUUGAUAGCCAAUAAAUAUUUAUUAUGGAGAUUAUUUCAAUUAAUAGAUUGCCGCAAAUCAUGUAUAUAAAACAAACAAUAGCUUUACAUAGACAUUAAAUAUGGUCUUAGAUUAAUAAAUAUAAUAGCUACACACCGUACCUUAGGCAAUCACUGGACAGAAAGCUUAGUAUACCCUGUAUUUACAUUUCUACAUGCUUCAGCAUGAAAAUGCCACUCUUGCCUAAUAUUUCAAUGCAUAUGUAUAUAAUUCUCUGAAUAGUCCAUGGCAAACCGUGACACUAAUUAUUUUAUAAGGGAGUUUGAGCUCUUCUGAUGUAAGUAUUGUCAACAUGGUACACCAGCAUCAGUUCACCUAAUAAUAAUAAUAAUAAUAAUAAUAAUAAUAAUAAUAAUAAUAAUAAUAAUAAUAAUUAAUAAUAAUAAUAAUGACAACUUAAAGGGAAUAGCUUUUGUGUUAUUUUCCCCUGAACGUUUUUUUUUUAUUGUUCUCUAAUUUCUUCAUUGUCUAAGUUCCCCUUAAGGUAGGUUUUAGUAACAUGAUAAUAAUAAUAAAAUCAUGUAAAUCAUUUUUACUAUUGCAAGGUGUCUAUGCUGUAUUUUUCUAAUUGAAUGUUAUUAUCACUUGUGUUUGGGGCAGCAACAUUUUGUACAUUGUUCCUCCUUGGCUCUAUCCCUCCACCUGUAUUUGAGGAAAUGAAUAUAUUAUUAUUUUUAUUACAGUAUUACAUCAGGUACAAAGUUAUCUGUGAUAUAAAUUGUUAUGGACACAUGAUUACAUAUAGUUAUGGACAGUUAAUAUUUUUGCAUAUUAUUGUUUACUAAUAAUUUCUUUUUUUGCUGGUGUCAGUAGAAUUUUCUUUUUUUAGUGUUUGUGUUAUUUUCAUGAAGUUUGUGUAAAUUUUACUUUUGAGUGUGUACAGUGUUACUGAAGUAAGCUGCAAUGUUUAUUCUUUGUUUAUAAGAACUUAAUAAAACACACCAUUAAAAAUAGAUUUUGCCAAUAAUCAAUAACCGCAUUGAUACUUUAGAUAUCAAAUUUAAGUUAUAUUCUCAAGGCUCAGGUACAAAAUAGGUUUUUGCGAUGUAAAUUAUGACUGUAAAAAAGCCUAUUUUUAUAGCAUUGUGUACAUACUGUAUACAAAUUAUUGCUUUAUUAUUGUAUUGUUCCAGAUUUGUUAUGCUUGCCAAUGUGUUGUUUAAAUAAAAUCCAUUCUGGAAAACUGUA